GGUUAGCAGGAAAUCGUGGCAUCUUCGAUUGCGAUACCUGCGGAAUUAAAUAUUGAAUGAAUUAUUUGCCAAAAACGGGAAAAUUUAACGUUCAUUAUUGCGACGUCCUCGUCGGCGUUAUUGGACGCUGUAAAUUCGGCGACCGCAUUUCACACCCAUGGUUUAUGAGAACUGGUGGAAUUGUCUGAUGGGUACAACGUUGCCAAUACG